AAUAUAUUUAGACUGAUUGGUGAUAUGAUCAAGAUUCACAUAGUAGAACUCGCCCACCGUGUGUAGCAAUUAGCUAUUUGAAGGCGACUCGGAGUUUUUGUUGUGUCUUGCUGCAGAAAAAAGAGCAAGUGAAAAUAGCAGAACUAUUUACAAGGAAUUGAAUAUAGUGGCCUUGAUGGGUAAUGUUUGCGUAGGGAAGUGCAAGUUAAAGAGUGUUUUCAUUCAGUCAACCUCUGAUACCACAGGAUUUUGCUUCCAAUCCCAAAAUCUUUCUGUUUCCAGUAAUACUAACAGAAAACAUGUCAAGGAAACCUCAGUUCCUAUCCUAAACAAACCCCCAAAACAAAUGGUAAUGCAAGCUGAUAAUGUGUUGCAGAAAAAGUCAGAAGAUGAUUUUAUGGAAGUAUUCACUUUAGGGAGGAAACUUGGGGAAGGACGUUUUGGGACAGUAUUUGUUUCUAUUGAGAAAGCAACAGGGAAAGAGUAUGCUUGCAAAGUGAUUGAGAAGAGAAAGUUGAUCACUUGUGAAGAUGUAGAAGGUCUGAGAAGGGAAAUUCAAAUAAUGCAUCAUUUGAUUGCAAAUCCAAAUGUUGCAUUUAUCCAAGAUGCUUAUGAGGAUUCUGAGGCAGUGUAUAUUGUUAUGGAAUUUUGCAGAGGUGGUGUUCUCUUUGAUACGAUCAAAGAGCAUGGUCAUUAUACAGAAAAAGAGGCAGCUAAGCUUCUCAGGACUAUUGUCACAAUGGUGCAAAGUUUUCAUUCAUUGGGAGUUAUGCAUCGAGACCUUAAGCCUGAGAAUUUUCUUUUUCUCAAUCACCAGGAGGAUUCACCUCUCAAGAUAAUUGAUUUCGGAUUAUCAACUUUCUUCAAGCCAGGAGAAACUUUCAGGGACGUUGUUGGUACUCCAUAUUAUGUUGCACCAGAAGUCUUGAAAAAGCAUUAUGGCCCUGAAGCUGAUAUUUGGAGUGCUGGUGUGAUCCUUUACGCUUUGUUAAGUGGGGUGCCUCCAUUUUGGGCUAAAACGGAGAAAAAGAUUUUUGAAGAGGUUUUACAUGGAGAUCUUGAUUUAUUGUCAGAACCUUGGCCUGUUAUCUCAGAAAGUGCCAAGGAUUUGGCGAGGAGAAUGCUUGAUAGAAACCCUGCUACUAGAAUAGCUACAGGUGAAAUACUGUGUCACCCUUGGGUUAAGGCUAACGGUAUAGCUCCUGACAAGGUUCUCAGUUCCUGAAUUUACAAGGACAAUGUAUAAAUAAAUGAAUAGCUACUGUAUUCAUUUUUAGUGAGCCUGAAAUUUUAGUUUCCUCCAACAAUAUCAGUUAGUGAUGGAAGCUUUCUGACCUCCUGAAAUUUUAGAUAAAAGACGUAGAUGUUUAAAAGAGAGUCGACUGCUAGAAAGCCAUUAUCAACGCGUUCAAAAGAUCUUGAAAACCAUGAAGCCAUAAUCCAGAGAGGCAGGUAUAGCUCUUGGCUUUUCACUUUCUUGUAGCC